AUUUUCCUCUUUCGUGCACAACGUCAUGCAAAAUCGAGGCAGGUCAGUGUUGUGACGUCAUCGCGCGAGCCGAGAAAGCAAUAUUUUGGCCGCCAUCUUGUUUUCCGCUUAGAGCGAGGGGUGGUGAAUAAAUCGACUCGUUGUGAAGUUAUUUCAGUGUAAACAACUCCAAUAUUUGGCAGAGAGAGGAUACACUCUAAGGAGCGAAUAAUCAGACGGACAUGAGCAGAGAUGAUUUUGGGUCGGCAUGGUAAUCCAGAUUGAGUGGCCGCAGGAAGUCACCAGCAUGUUGGCUGAGUUACCUCCCCUGAGAGUGGAGUCUAUGACACAGGUCCAGUUAACGGAGGUUAUCCCUAACUUGGUACAGCUAUCAACAGGAAGAGAUCUACCUUUAUUUGGUGAAAACCAGUUUAGACCUGAUUGGUGGCCCAGUGAAAUCCCAUGGUUGGAUCCAGGUUUAGAAGAAAAUCCAGAGGUGGACCAGUUGGAGUUACUAAGGACAGUGGUCAGAUCCUGUUACAGGCAUUUAGGCCAGGAAAACCUGCUGAAUGAUUCAAAUCUACAGAUUACAGACACCAUGGCAACGGAAAAGGAAGGGAAGUUUCAGAUGGAGAUCCAGCAGAAGAAGCCACCAGGGGGCGUUGCUGAAGCUCCUCCACCAGGGGACACUGCUGAAGCUCAAGCUUCUCCACCAGGGGACACUGCUGAAGCUCCUCCUACACAAAAGUCAGAGUCUAAUGCGGGGCCAUCUGUUAGUGACGCACCGAUCUGGAUCUGCUUUCUCUGUACUAAACAGUUCAGUAACCAGGUAGUACUGAUGGAGCACCAGGAGGUCUGUGAAAAAGAGGCUGAGAUUCAUGAGGCUCGUCAACGCAUCUUAGAAAUCCAGCAGCAGCAGAACUUAAUUAUGAAAUUGAAUUCGCAGGAUAAAAGAAAUUUUCUAAGACUACACAAAAGGAAAAGGAAAAUUCAAUAUACAGAUAUUAACAGGCGUCCAGAAAAAUCUGUGUUCAUUGGACUUUUAGACUUGGUGAAAAAGCCAGACUUGGAGAAAGCUGUGGAGGCAUCUCCAAAGAAAGAGGUGGACAGUGAUUGCGAGAUUAUUGAGGUGUCCUUUCCAGAGGCACCCAGGACGCCUCGGACCCCAAAAUCUCUCAUGUCUCAACUCAGUCGAGACACGGAUGCUCAGUCCAGGAGGCGACAUCUGAGUUUUAGUGGGAUGUUUAGUGAUUCGGAGAGUGGAGAGGAGUUGGAGAAGAAGAUCUCGAAAAGUUCUCUAUUGUUUGGCAUAGACAUUACGUCUUCUCUAGGUCACCGAGUGAAAAAACACCUCAAGAUUGACACCACAAUUCCUGUUGUGAAAGAUUAUGAACAAUACUGUGUUGGACCCAACAAGAAUAAAUUCAUGGAGAAACUUCGAUCAGAGAGAACAUAUCCUAUUGUGUACAAAAAACGUAAAAAGUUCUCGGCGAAAUAUACACACACAUUCAAAUUUAAUUCUAAUCAGCGCAGAGAAUUCAUGAUUACAAAGAAGACAGGAUUGACCAAGCGAAGUCGCAAUUUACUCGGUUUGCUUAAAGACUGUUCUGUCAAACUCAAACGGCUAAAACCCGAGGUCAUCCAAGAAUGGUGCCGACCAAAACCCAAACCAAUGCCAAAACCCAAACCAACGUUUGUGCCUCAAUUCUCCUUGAACAACCAUACAACUACGAGAGUGGAUUCUCACCUACGUCAGAUUCUCAGUAAGCCUCUGUACGGCCCGAAGAGUGCCAGAAUCAAACAAAUCAACGAGAACAUCAAUAGAAUUCGCUCCAGUCAAUCCAUGCAGCAUUACAACAUGAUCACGAAGGUCGUGACAAACCCAGACGGAACAGAAACUAUGAAAGUUAUUUACGUUCCCAAGAAGUUGCCAGAGAGGAAGCGAAAACAGACGUUCAGUCCAUACAAGAAAGUAGUUGAGGAGGAUGAUGACGACAUUCAGAUUAUUGAGUUGUCGGAUUCAUCAGAUGAUGAAACAAACUCGACAAAAUUAACGGAGUCUCCCAGGAAGUGUCCACCUCAAAUGAAUCGUACAGCGAAGUCCUCCACCCCUCAGUCGCGAACCGGAAUCCUCAAACCAACCUCAAUGUCCAGUGAAAACCUGGUGGGACGAAACAGCCCCAUCAUGAAAAACAAUCAGUUCAAACCCCGGACUGGUGUAAUUACCAUGAUGGGAAUUAAGUAUGAUUCGCCCUCUGGGGUUCAGGUGGGCGGAGUAAAGAAACGUUAUCCGACUCCACCAGGCUCGCCGGCGAGUCAGAACAUUAGUUUUGGACAAGUGGGCUUGCCGUCUGGAUUACGUAUUUCAAACGUUCGCAGUUUAGCCACAACAAAUCCCAUAACUGCAAAUAAAGUGACCCCGACACCAAUCUUAGAACAAUAUUCCAGGGCUCAGAGUGGGGUAAAAACUGUACGCAUGGAAUCUGGCAAACCUAACAUCCUUCAGCGACCUACCAUCGCUAUCGCCCCCCUUAAAUUAGUCAGCAAUAAACCGGAGGAGGCCAUAGUGAUUGAUGAUGAGGAUUAAUGUUGAUGAAUUAUCUGAUUAUUAAUAAGUAUUUAAGAAUUUUUAUUGACUUGGCCAAUGUAUUUCUUUUUUAUGUCAGUAAUUAUGUUGAUAACAUAAUGAUUGUAGGAAUAUAUUGAAUGUAUAUAUGACAGGAAAAUGUUAUUGAACUAAUUUAUGUAUACUUUAUGUUGAUUCAUCAAUAAUAUUUCAUAUUGAUAUAUGUUAACUUCAUUUUGAAUUGGCUUGGAAUGCUGUUUAUGUGUGUUUUUACGUAUGGUAGACUAGUGUGACUGUCUAUGAACUGUCUGAAGCAUUGUGACUGUCUGUGAACUGUCUGGAGCAUUGUGACUGUCUAUGAACUGUCUGGAGCAUUGUGACUGUCUAUGAACUGUCUGGAGCAUUCGUCUGUUUGAUACAGAUGUCGCUGCAUUAAAUUGGGGCCCCAAAUUCCCAAGCCAUGUUUAUGACCAUAUAUUGAUUACAUGCUGAGUAUGAAGGUUAAAUGAUUACUAAGUAGUAAUGCAAAUCAAUCUGGAGAUCUCAACCACGUAAAGUGAUUGUAAACUUUCUUAUGCACAACUGUUAUAGUGGAUGCUCUCCCUUAUCAUUGAAUCGUGAAUCCAGAAUGUCCAAAUUAUUAUUUUGAACAUUUUGUGGUACCCUGAGGUACAUGUAUAGUGCAGCAAACAACUCUGUAAUUUAUGAUUUGAAACAAAUCUCUUGAUAACCAUUGUGAUUUUUAUUUUUCGUGCUUUCUUUCUUUUUGUUUUCUUGCUUUUAGGUAUUUAUAAAAGCCAAUCUUAUAAGACAGUUGGAAUCGUUAAAAUCAAAAAUUAAAAUAGGGCAUCUCGGUAAACGAUUUGUUUAACAGAUUAUUUUUUUUCUCUGGUCUCGGCCAAAGAUUCCAGUGAGCUUUAUCUGGUCAAGUUUUGUUUAGCAUCUGUCAUAUUCACUUAUCACUUGUCCAUAAAAGCUCAAACUUGAAUGGAAGAAAGAGAAGGAAACCUUUGAUAAAGAGAUCCAAUCAUUUGUUUCUUAUUACUGGGAAUUAUCUUUGUUUUUUGUUGUUUGCUUUCUUUUUUCUUUUUUCUAACGGAUGCCAGGUUUUAGUGACAGUUUUUCCCCCCACAUUUCAUGUACAUGAUUAGAAAAUUUAUUGUUAUGAUGAGAGAUGGUGAGAAUGAGGUAGCCAUUUUCUGGUAAUACCAGGAACGAUUUUAAAUGUGCAGUUUGAUUGUAUGAAAUUUUGUAUCAAUUUUGUGAGUAUUUCUAUAUAACAGUCACAUUUUUGUGAUGCAUAUUUGUAAGGCAAUUAAAAAUUUCACAUCAGCA